AUGGCUUCAAAGACUGCGAGACCAAGCACAUCCACUGAUCUCGGUCGACUAUGGAGAGCCGCCGUAAGAGACUACAAAGAACGCACUGGAGAGGAUCUCGCGACUAUGGGCGUGAGAAACGUCGCCGACGUGAUGCGUCAAACAGAUGCGGUCAUGAUUGACUUCAAGGGCUUUCGAGACGACGGCAGCAAGAAAGCGAGCUUUCGAUCGGCUAUGGGUGACCAUCUUGAUGGUCUCCAAACUUGCAUUGACGGCUUCGCUGCAGUCGGAGCCUGUGUCAGUGCGUUUCCGCCGAUGAUGCCUGUGGGACUUGUGUUCACUGCCGCGAGUCGUGUGAUAUCCGCCUUCGCGGGGGUUAGAGCAGAUUACGACAGUGUCGAGGAGUUCUUCGCAUACUCCGCCCGUUUCUUCCAACGACUUUCGCUUCUCGAGAACAAAGCGCAGUCCGAUUCGCUUGCAGUCGCAGUCAUCAGAGUCUUCUCAAUGCAGCUUUCGGUAUGUGCCAGGGUGAAGCAACUGAUAAAACACAAACGAUUCAAGCAAUGGCUCAAUGCGUUGUGGAACGAGGUCGAUCAAGAGCUCAUCGCGACCUAUGCCGGAAUGCAAGCCUCCAUACAGGAACUCAACGAAACCGUCAGUUUCGAAAUGUACGGUAAUCUGGCAACUGUCCAGCACGAUGUUCUUGCCAACAAUGCAAAGCUGGACGAGCUCGAUGAAAAACUUCAGUCCUACAGUUCUAACCUGGAAGGAGGCAUUCUGCAGGUCUACGAAAGCAUGAUCAAUCUGCAUCUUGUAAUCAACGAUGUACGAAACACACAGAUUGAAGACCAUGCUUUGAUCUUGCAAAUCUUCAAGAGCGCCGUGAAGACGAGCAAAGCGCCAGAGAUCGAGGAGAAGAAGAAGUCGUCUCAAAAGUCUAAGGGAGACAUCAGCGACCGGAAGUUCCAAGCCCUGCGUGAAUUGAAGAAGUUCUUCGCUAACGACUACGAUGCGUUUCCCUUAUGGCAAGACGCUCACCAGGAGAACUUGCUGCAAGACAAAGAACUGCUCGAGUUAAAGGUGAACAAAACAGCUGGAUGGCUCCGUGAACACGAGAAGUUCAAGGACUGGGUAGAUGGAAAAGUACCUCUACUCUGGCUACGAGGCGCCGAGGGGGUCGGAAAGUCGUUUCUAGCCUACUCGGUCGUUCAACAGCUUCGACUGCGCCAAAGCGAACAUGACUGCUUGGCUUAUUUCUAUUUCAAGGAAGAGCAUCCUUAUCAACAGUCGAUGCAAAACGCGUUCGCUUCUGCUGCGCUACAGAUCGCCGGAUCGAACAACCGAUAUGCCGAACAGGUAGCGGCUAAGAUCAAGCAGGGGCCUAUUGAGUCUGCGAACAUGUCUACCUGGGAACGAUUCUUCCUCUCGAUGUUUUCCAGUGACACCGAAACUGGUGGCCGUCUCUUUCUUGUCUUCGACGGCCUAGACGAAGCGCAUGUGAAAGAAGGCGGAACCUUUACGCAGUUUCUGUCAGAUCUGAACCACCGGAACGCCAGCAUCUCAGUCUUUGCAACGAGCAGACCUGACGAUAAGCCCACGCUACAGAUGCUGCAGCCUUCUUUACUCGAGGUAACUAAGCAUGAGAUCAGGCCAGACAUGAGGAUGCUCGUGAAGGACCGUCUUCGUACACUUCCGCGGAUACGCAAAUUCACUCGAACUACCAAGGCAUCAAUCACGCGCGAAGUAGUGAAGCACGCAGACAGUAUGCUAUACGUUGAGCACAUGCUCAGGAGAUUCAACUACAUCGGUCGAGAAAGAGCGGUCUCGCAAGCAUUGAAGGACAUGCCUCAAAAUCUACACGGACUUUACGAUCUUCUCCUAGAAGAGUGUCGACAUGAUCGAUCGGAAGCGCAAUACCAGGCAAUGAAGAAAUUGUUCGCGUGGCUGGCGUUUUCGAAGCGAUCGCUUAGCCUGGGUGAAGCCUCGAGCCUGUGUCAACUCGCUCUCUCGGAUGACACAUUCGAUAUCGAAGUAGAAGUCAUUGGCCGUUCUUCCCGCAUUCUUGAGCUUACCCAAUCACGGCAGCUCGAGGAGGAUGCCAAAGACGAUGACAAAGACGAAGACGAGGACGACGAGGUGAAAGAUGAUGGUAUUCCAGAGCUCGGCUACGGAGACCCCCCUCUUUCCUUCCAGGACCGGUCACUCCGGCAGUACUUCAAGAGCGUGAGCGUUGAGGACGAUGGUGUAACAGAAUUUCGGACGCCUGCCACCGCUGCACACCUAACCAUACUUCAGAUGUGUGUAGACGUCAUGAUGAAGGCCGCUCAAGAUCCCUUCGAAGCGGGAAGUUCCGGGCUGAAUUACUACGCAAUCAACUAUUGGUAUGAGCAUCUUAAAGAGUUAGACGCAGAUACCGCGAGCCCUGAGGCUGUCCGCGAUGUCGUGACACUAUUGCACUGCAUCACGGACAACACACACAACGUCGCCAAGCUGUUCGAAAUGCUAGCGCGACACACGGAGAUCUAUCCUGAACGCGCUGAAGACACCUCUACCGCUUGGUACGACACUCUUUUCAGUUGGACAGCUAGGGUGUCCACAUUACCAGAUGGAUCCUUGGAUGAGAAGGUCAAACUUUGGACGCUCACGGUCGAUCGAGACAAUGUUCUACUUCCGCUUGCUCACGGCCAUGUUCACAACUGGCUAGACGCAAGUGAUUCAUGGUGGAUACCUGAAAGGUUCAGAUUCGCCAAAGCCGCGCUGUCUCGUUCAAACGCCUCUGGAGCCGAAGAUUCCGAGCAAUUCGAGCCACUCGAUUACAUGAACGCUAUCAUCACGCGAUAUGACAUUCCACCCGCGGACUACAAGACUCUUCGAGCGAUUGGGGGCACUUUGUCCGACUACGGAACGACAUUUUACGACGAUCGCAGAGAGAUUCUGCUUACAGAAGGUAUCGUGCAUUUGAAAAGAGCUGUGGAAUGUAUGAAAGGAGAUGUUCUGGAGAACAUCGCAACGAUGCGCUUGCUGGCAUUAGCAUACAGGCGAUGCGACCAGAUGCCCGACGCAAUCAAGUACUAUGACGACGCCUACGACAUGGUGCCGAAUUACGAUGCGGAUGGAUCUGCCAAAGAUGAGAUCGAGAAGAUCAAGUUCAUACGUAUCGGUAUCAUGAUGGAGAAGGCUUCCGCAUAUUCUGCUAUUGGGGAGGUCGAUGAAGCUUUUCACGCGUACAACGAAGCACGAAGACUGCAGGGUGAGAAGCCACUAGCUGGCACAAUCCUGGACGACAUAACGCGACUAUUCCAGAACGACGACGAGACCGAUAGUCGAAGGCUGAUGGAAAUCCUGAAGAGCUGGACCGAGAAGGAGCGCAACAGUUUCUUCACGUACAAUUUUGAGGACUAUGUGUUUGAGAGCACAGUGAAGCGCAUGCAAAAGGCAGCAUUGCUUUGUAACGAGACGGACCUACUCAUCGGAUGGCUAGGGAGCCUAGCCAACAUCCUUCCGCCGGAAAGCCUACAACUGUUCAACAUUCGAGGCGCGAUCGCAGACAUCUAUUACCCAAUGUUGGGCGACAUUGAGAACGGCAAGAGACUACGCCAGGAGCUUCUGGCUUUGCCAACAAAGCCCAGCUUAGCCUAUGAAGACUCUAUGAAUGAGGCGAGGACGCGUCACCGAAUGCACCUCGCAGACAUCCUGUUUUGUGAGUUCCAGAUGACUGAUGAACCAACAAAGAAAGAGGCAAUCAUGAAUACAUUGAGGGAUCUGCCGAGCGCCCACGAUAACGACGACGACAGCAACAACGUUCGCGAAUCUCAUGUCGACAUGCUCCGCGCAAACAUGCUUCGGAUCAUGGGCCCUGCGAAAGAGUACGAGAGAUACAUGAAGGAGCUGUUCCAGAAAUGUGUCGCCGGCCUUGAAGACAGCAUCUCGUGGAACGACCAGUCGAGCCUGCGAUUACUAGCUAAAGUAUUGGCGUCUUUGGACAGUCUGGAGGCUGACGCAAGAAUUGCGAUCAGCGCCCAGUUCUCGAUUCUUGAUCUUGCGAUAUAUGGACGUGAUCUCGAGCCGGAAAAGUCUGAGACAUCUUCCAACGAGAGCGACACCGAAGCUGGUGCAGAACAAGAUCCAGUGAAGGGGGAAAGCGAACCGCUAAACGACAGCGACGUUGUUCGGAACGAUUCCCUGACGGAUGAAGCUCUCGAUGUUGAAAGUAACGAUCUUGCCGGAGAGCCGAUUGAGGAGAAGCAGGAUCCCACGGAGCCGGGAGAACAGGAUGUGGCUGAAACGGAAUCUAAGGAUGAAAGGGAGUCCGACGCUGAGACAGAACCCGACAAGCUGGACGAAGACGUGUUUCUAGCUGGAGGCCUUGACUGCGAUGGGCCUUGUGAAACCAGCAUCACAUCGUGGACUCAGCCGAUCUACUACUGCCUGAUCUGCCCAAACUGCGAUCUCUGCGAAGAUUGCCACUCCAAGCGUGUCCAGCAAACGAAGGGAGUCCAACCAACGGAGGGCAAGACCGAAGAGCCGUGGCUCAGCUUUUGCGGCGCAAAUCACCGCUACAUCAAAGGACCGAUGAAGGGUUGGAAAGGCGUCAAGAAUGGUGUUAUCCGGUACGCGGAUACGGAGAUCACCGUGACGGAAUGGCUUCGGGUGCUCAAGGAUGAACGGUGGCCGAAUGCUUGGAAAAUCUUUUGGACGAGGCAGGGAGGGUUGAAGGAUAUCGGAGUUGAAGAUUGA